AUGAGGCUCGGUCAGAGGCGACGGGACAUCCUGGCCAUCCUGUCUAUCCUGUUCAUAAUUCUCUCCACUAUCGCCUUGUCCCUCAACACCCUACCAGAGCUCCAGGUGCUUGAUGAGUUCGGCCAGGCCAACGACAACCCCCAGCUGGCCCAUGUGGAAGCCAUCUGCAUCGCCUGGUUUACCAUGGAGUACCUCCUCCGCUUCCUCUCUUCACCCGACAAGUGGAAGUUCUUCAAAGGUCCCCUGAACGUCAUUGACCUGCUGGCCAUCCUCCCUUAUUAUGUCACCAUCUUCCUGACGGAAUCCAACAAGAGUGUUCUACAGUUCCAGAACGUUCGGCGCGUGGUGCAGAUAUUCCGGAUCAUGAGAAUAUUGAGGAUUCUGAAGCUGGCCAGGCAUUCCACAGGGCUGCAGUCUCUAGGUUUCACCCUGAGGAGGAGUUACAACGAGCUGGGCCUGCUCAUCCUCUUCCUGGCCAUGGGCAUUAUGAUCUUCUCCAGCCUCGUCUUCUUUGCCGAGAAGGACGAAGACGCCACCAAGUUCACCAGCAUCCCCGCCUCCUUCUGGUGGGCCACUAUCACUAUGACUACGGUGGGUUACGGUGACAUCUACCCUCAGACUCUGUUGGGUAAGAUAGUCGGGGGUCUCUGCUGUAUCGCCGGGGUGUUGGUCAUCGCUCUGCCCAUCCCCAUUAUAGUCAACAACUUCUCUGAGUUCUACAAGGAGCAGAAGAGGCAGGAGAAGGCCAUAAAGAGGCGGGAGGCCCUGGAGAGGGCCAAGAGAAACGGUAGUAUCGUCUCCAUGAACCUGAAGGAUGCGUUCGCCCGGAGUAUGGAGCUGAUGGAUGUAGUCGUGGAGAAAGGAGGAGAGGACAAGCUCUGUGUGGGCCUGGGCAACCACCUGUCCCCCAGCCGCUGGGACAGCACACCCAAAUGCGUCGCCUCUGACACCAGUCUUCAUUCCCUGGAUAAGACGUUCCCCGAAUCCGUCCUCCUGGGAUCCACCCACCGCAUCACCAUCACCACCAGCAGCAGCCCCCAGCGGCGGCACCUCGGUAGCCCAGAGUUCAGAGGCGGUACCUCUCAGCUUCUUAACGUUCAGAACCUAGAGUCCAUGUACAACGAGAUGGUCAGGUCUCAGUCCUUCACCAACCUCAACACUUCCUGCUCCCUGAGCACCGUGAGCACCUCAACCGCCUUCACCGCCACGACAUCCCCGGAGUUGCAGCAGCACCCGGGGUCCCCUCCUGCGCCGACCCCGACCUUACAGAAAGUAGAACUGGAGAUGCAGGAAGUCCUGCGCUCUUCUUCCGUGGAUAGCAUCGCCACCUGCAGGGACGAGUUUGGGGAGGGUUCUGGAAGGAAGUUCCCUCCGACUCUGGAUCUGCUCCAAGAGUCGAGUGUCGAUGACAUCCAAAGCCCACACGAUACCACCCUCCUCAAAGACAGGAUGUCUGGGUUUGUUCCCUAUGACCAAGAUGGUGCCGCAAAGUCCACCAGAGACGACGCAGAGAGCUUCAACAGAACUGUUGAGAACAUCCGGAAUUCCCUGAGAGGCAGCAUCAACCCUGUUGUCAAGGGAACCAAAGGGUUAAAGGUCAUUUUCAUCAAGGGCCCCCCCACCGAAGCCCCCCCGACGCCACCCAGCACCACCUCACCCCAGGACAUCAGCUCCAGCCUCCUGGAGGAUGAGUCCCCUGAGGGGGAGACCACACCGCUCCUCCCCAGCACAGAGGCCCUCGACCUGGGCACAGAAGACGAGAUCUUCCCCCUGACCCCUAAGAGGCUGAUGGUAGUGGUGGACACCCCGCCAGGGGACGAGGACACCCUGGACCAGAGUCUCGGGGGUCAAGGGUUGACCAACGAGGAGAAGAACCUGAUGGAGACCACCGCGGGAGCGGCAGGAGGGGCAUCGGCGGGGAACUGCACCCAGCGUGUGGUGGGGGGAGGGGCAAGUGGGGAGGGUAAGGUCGACAUCAACCAAAGUGGACACCAAGCAGAGAACCACAUGUUCACACCAGAGAUCCCCCUGAUGACCGGGGAAAGCAGUAUGUCCCCAACCUGUGAAACCAGCAUGUGA